UAUUUCGUUUAUUCAUCGAAAGCAAAGUCUACUUUAAGCACCAUGAACGGGCUCCAUAAUCUGCUUGAAAAGGAGGAGAAACGUGUACGAGAUCGGCGUCGACAUCUUCUUCACCUCAUAUCUUCUUAUCUGGAGAAUAAUGGAUACAUAAAGUCUUCCGAUGUGCUUGCACUUGAAGCACAGCUGUCCGACAACAUUCAAGUCUGCGACAAUAUGGAUCUGGAAAUGAUUCUGACCGAAUACGACAACUAUUACAACUUGAAAUUCAAUAAACAUCCUAUCCUUUGUAAAAAGGCCGAAACGACUGUGUCCGCAAACUCGAUGGAGAAGAAGGCGAAGGCAACUCGUUCGCUUAAGCAGAAUGAAAAUAAAAACGCGAAUAAAAGGGAACCGGACAAAGAGAAGAAGGGGGAAAAUAUUAAUGACAUAAACCUAGCAGUGACAGUGAAGCCCGUAUUUUCCAGCGGACCCGAGAACCAACCCGCAGCCAUAAUGGAUGGACCGGAACCAGCUUCAGGAUCAAAGACAUCCGUGUCCAUCGACGAUCUUUAUCCGGAGGAUUCCGAGUUUCGAAAGAUAGCUGAAACAAUCUCGAAAGAAAUCGUGAUGAAAAACUUGAACGUUCAUUGGGACGACAUAAAGGGACUGGCAGAUUGCAAAGUCGCCAUUAAGGAGGCAAUCGUCUAUCCCAUAAAAUAUCCGAUAUUCUUCCGUGAUAAAUUUACCGCUUGGAAAGGAAUUUUACUAUACGGAGCACCUGGCACAGGUAAGACCAUGUUGGCGAAGGCGACCGCAACUGAAUGCAAUUGCACUUUUUUCAACAUAUCAGCUAGUUCGUUGGUUAGUAAAUGGCGAGGGGACUCCGAGAAAUAUCUUCGUACUCUUUUCGAUGUUGCCUACCAACGAUCGCCAGCGAUUAUCUUCAUCGACGAGAUAGAUUGGAUAGCCACAGAUACGGAAAAUGGUCCAUUAUCCGAACCAGCUAGAAGAUUUCGAGCAGAAUUGCUCGCCAGACUGGAUGGAUUAAUAUCCGAUGAAAAUGCAAAUGUCGUGUUAUUAGCUGCGACUAACUCUCCUUGGAUCAUCGACGCCGCAUUACUGAGACGCCUGGAGAAACAUAUAUACGUACCGUUACCCAAUAAACAAACUCGACUUGAUAUGCUCAAUACCUACGCCUGCGUAGACUUAGCAAAUUCACAAGACUUACACAACAUGAAUGUAAAUUUAAACCAUUAUUCUGGUUCUGAUAUAAAAAUGCUUUGCAAGCAAGCAUGGAUAUUACAAGUGACCCCAACUAUUGAACGUCUUGAAAAUAAGGAAAUAUCCAUAUUAGACGUCCCAUAUGAAAUAGCGAGCAUCGAUCACUUAGAGAAGGCGCUCGAAUUAGUGAAACCUACGAUUAAAAAUAAAGAUGAUUACUUAGCUUGGAUAGCAGGAAAGAAGGAAAACAAGCAACGAAAGUAA